GCCGUCCCCGCCCCUCCCUCGGCCCCUGGACUCUCGGGGUCCGGAGAUGAAGCCCGGAGACUACGGCCCCGAGUGGGGCCAGGUGCCCCCGGGCCCGCCGCCACCCGGGCCGGUCGCCGCGGCCGUGCGUCUGUGCGGCCACCUGCGCAAGCAGAAGUCCCAGCGCCGCCGCUUCUUCGUGCUGCGGGCGGACCCGCCGCGCCUGGACUGUUUCGAGAGCGAGAAGAAGUUCCGCGGCGGGCGCGCGCCGCCCAAGCUCAGCGUGAGCCUGGCGGGCGCGUGCACCAUCAGCAAGCGCGUAGACGAGCGCCAGCGCCACCUGAUCGUCCUGUACACGCGCGACCGCAGCCUGGGCGUGGCGGCGGCCAGCGAGGCGGAGCAGCUGGCGUGGUACAGCGCCCUGCUCGAGGUGCGCGCCGCCGCCGGUCCCAGUUCCCACGAGGACCCCGAGACCUGGCUCCUCGCUCCGUUUCAGGACGUCUGGCCCGUGACGCUGCGGCCCAAGGGGCUGGGGCGGGCCCGAGGGCUGGGCAGCGGCGGCUACCGGCUGUGCCUGGGCUCAGGGGUCCUGAGCCUGCAGCGGAAGCCCCGGAGAAGGGGCUCCCAGGAUGCCCAGGCCUCGCCGCAGCCCGCCCUGCGCCUGUCUCUGCUCAGCGUGCGCCGCUGCGGCCACGCCGACUCGUUCUUCUUCCUGGAGCUCGGCCGCUCGGCGCCCACGGGCCCCGGGGAGCUGUGGCUGCAGGCGCCGGACGCCGCGGUGGCCCAGAGCAUCCACGAGACCGUCCUGGCCGCCAUGAAGCGUCUGGGGGACGGGGGCGCCUGUGGCCGGUCCGACCCCCCGGCGAGCGCCUCCAGACCCUCCGCGCCCCCCGCGUAUGAGUCGCUGGCGUCCGCCCCGUCCAGCGGCCUGAGCCGCCGGGCGCACCCGGGUGAGUGGGGCGAGCCCGCGGCCCUCGCGACGCUGGCGGGGCCCGGGACGGCGGCCUCGGACCCCGACGGGCUGAAGCGGGCAGGGGGCUACAUCCGUAUGGAGGCCGGGCGGGACUACGAGCUCAUGGGGGGCGGCGAGGCAGGCGGCUACAUGGUGAUGGCGCGCCCCGGGCAGGAGUGUGCGGGCACCGAGUACGUGUCCAUGUGCCGCGGCCCGCUGUCCCCCCCGGCCGCCUCCCCGUCCCGCCCCGCCAGCUGCGGGGCUUCGGGGGAGCUGGCCGGCGAGUACGUGUGCAUCGAGUACGCGGCCGCCGGCACCCGGGGAGGCGCCCCCGACGGCCGCCUCAACUACAUCGACCUGGAGCUGAUCCCGCCGCUGGACGCGGUGCGGGCGGGCGGCCCCGGAGGCUCGCCCAGCCCCCACAGCUACGCGCGCAUCGAGUUCCAGAACCUGCGCGCCCUCGCGGCUGAAGCGGAGCGCCAGGAUCCAAAGAGCAGCCCGAGCCUCCAUCCUCCCAGGGCUGCACUGGGAUGAGCGUCCCUGCGGUCCCGGUGACGUCCCUGCCAACCCAGCUGAUGGCUCCCGGCUCCCCGGACACAGCUGGGGACCGGUACCGAA